AUGACGACGGCAAUGACAACAACUCUAAUGAUCCUUAUCAUUAUCAAGGUCAUAACGGCAAUGAUGGCCAUAACGGCAAUGACGAUGACAAUAAUGGCCACCUUCACGAUUUUCACAACAGCAACGCUCACAACGUUCACAACAAUGCUCACGCUUACAAAGGUAAUGCUAAUGCUGGUCAGAACGAUCAUUCUCACCAACGUAACGGUCACAACGGUCAUCCUCACAAAGUUCACCCUCACGACGGUCACGCUCCCAGCGCUCACAAGAAGCAGUCAUCAUUCUCGUUGUCAAAGGGCAAAAGGCGCGCCAUCGACGAAACUGACGCAUCACGACCACGACGCAAGAACGCGUCGUCGCCAUCGGAGGUGCUGAAGCAGUUGAAGGCGCCAAUGUCCACCGCUUGUCACCCGCCCAGCAGAACGCGUCGUCGCCAUCAGAGGUGCUGAAGCAGUUGAAGGCGCCAAUGUCAACCGCUUGCCACCCGCCCAGCAGAACGCGUCGUCGCCAUCAGAGGUGCUGAAGCAGUUGAAGGCGCCAAUGUCCACCGCUUGCCACCCAACCCGCUCAGAGUUGUGGCACAAGCGGAUGAAGCGGAGGAUCUUCCGCACUGCAGCUGGAUUGCCUCAGAGCGAGGAGCACCAAAAGCAGUGCGCAGAUGAUCAUAACAGUCUUCCUAGGCCCAAGGGAUACAACAAUGAGAAAGCCAAGGCCUGGUUCCUGGCCAUGCGCAAAGGUGCCAAGGUUGCGCAGAGCGCUGGAGGGGCUAGUUCUUGUGCUGUCAAUCAGCAAAAGGCUGGUUUCAGCCUCAAGGCCUACAGAGAACAGCGCAGGCAGGCUGCAAAAGGGGGCAACCCAAAGCUGAGGAAGGAGUCCCACAUCAACACAACUGCCUCAAGUGUCUUGUGCAACAGGGGGGUCCAGAAGCCAAGUUUUGCACCCUCAAAGAAGCAAUCUAUAGCGCUUCAGACUCACUGCAAAGCUGUCAACUUCCUUGCGCGCCUGGCAUCGGCAUUUCAGAAGUUCAACUAG